AUGGUGAAGCUGGGCUGUAGCUUCUCGGGAAAACCAGGCAAAGACCCUGGAGACCAGGGUGGGGCUGCCAUGGACAGUGUUCCUCUCAUCAGUCCGCUGGACGUCAGCCAGCUUCAGCCACCAUUUGCUGACCAGGCGGUCAUCAAGACACAGACAGAAUACCAGCUGUCCUCUCCAGACCAGUCAAAGAAGUUCGCAGACUUGGAGGGUCAGAAGCUGGCCUGCAGCCACCCAGAGGAGGGACGCAAGCUGCCGACCGCGAGAAUGAUUGCCUUUGCCAUGGCUCUCAUGGGCUGUGUGCUGAUCAUGUAUAAGGCUGUCUGGUACGACCAGUUCACCUGCCCAGACGGCUUCCUGCUUCGGCACAAAAUCUGCACCCCCCUGACGCUGGAGAUGUACUACACGGAGAUGGACCCCGAACGCCACCGCAGCAUCCUGGCCGCCAUCGGGGCCUACCCGCUGAGCCGCAAGCAUGCGGCCGAGAUGCCCUGGGCAGAGAGCUACCGCCCCGGCAAGGAGGGGCGUAAGGGCUCUGCCCUGGUGGGGGCAGCCGUGGUCGCGGGGACGGAGCCGCCCGGAAAGCCCUCGGCCGAGGCAGAGGGGGAGGCCCCGAAGGCGGUGAGCAGUGUGCCGGCCCCGGCCACCCAGUGACGGCCCAGCCAGCCCGCCCAGCCCGGCCAGGGCAGGUAGGUUGGCUCACUGGACAGCUCCGCAGGUCUCUGUGA